AUGUCGUCAGAAGUCUUCCGCAGAGUUGGCCGAGGAGGUGCGGGGAACUGGUACAGCCAGAAGGAGGUUAAUGACGCCGAGAAAACCCUCCGUGCGGACAUCGAAGCGCAAAAGAAGGCUGCCGCCGACGCCGCCGGCCAACCUGACUCAGCAUCGGCAACCGCGCAGCAGUCGGUCCCCGUGUAUGUGCGCGGCGGACGUGGUGGGGCGGGCAACGUUGCGCCGGCGGCGGCGGAAGCGCUACAGGAGCGGGACGAGGCCGAGAAGACGCGCGCCGUCGUGGCAGCCACCCCUAAGCCUAGGACAGGCCUGAGCGGACGCGGCGGCAUGGGCAACUGGCGGGACUCGACGGCCCCCCAGCAGCAGUCGCAGCCGCAGGACCAGAAGAAGGUGGAGGACCUCGAGCUCCAGGUCCUCCAGGACGUCGAGGCCGGCCUGCCCCCGCCGCCUCGCACAUACCACCAGCAUGACCGCGAGAUGGAGACCUGA